AUGGAGCCCAAGCCAUACUCUGUGAGCCGAGAGGCCGACCACAUCUUUUGUGAACAUCUCCUAAAGGAUAAGCAACUGCGAAUUCCUGAGAAGAUCAGUGCCGCCCUAUGGGCGCUUGCGACCACCUUUGGCAAUGCCAUAGUACGGGAACGAUUCGGCGUAUCGCAAACCGCCUGCAUCAAUGCCGAUAUUGCCAGUCUAUUUGUGAUGUCCGUUAUAAUUGCUACUGUUGACGAAAAGCCAGUCUAUCACCCCGAGAUCAUUCCCAGACUCCACAGGGACAACCGCUUCUUCCAUCUCCACGAUAGCUUGAAUGCGGGCAAGUCACUUACCAUGCUCAGCCUGCCACUCAGUAACGACAUGGCUUCUUCCCGCGAGGACAUGUUCCAGACGUACGCAUCCAAGGUGGUCGAGUUUGAUGCUGACUGGCUCGACAGCGAGGCGAAUGAACACUGGCGCCAGGCUGGAAUAGUGUGUCUCACGGAAAACGAAUUCCGCGCCAGCGCCCAGGGCCAGGCCAUCCAAAACGACGGGCUCUACCUCAUCCAGCCGUCGGACGUGGGCAUCCUUGCCCCUGUUCCCUAUCCCAAUGUCAAAGAUGCCAGCCAUCGCUCUCUGCAAGGAUUGCGUCUCCUAGGCCUCUCACGCCCUGAUGUAAGGCUGCUCCUCCUCGAGGGCAAUCUCGGCAAGCGCGACGCAUCUAUCGAUCUGAAAUCCGAAUGGGGUCGCCAGACGUUCAGACAGCUCAUCCUCGAUGCCGACAUUAUGCUUGACGGCUACUGGCCCGGCGCCCUGGAGCGUCUCGGCUUUGGUGAAUCCUACAUACGCAUACUAGCUAGGAGACGUGAGCGCGGAAUCACCGUCGUUCGCGAAAACUGCUACAGAUGGCACGGCCCGUUGGUCUCACGAUCAGGUUGGCAGCAGAUCUCCGACUGCUUCACCGGCGUCUCCUGGGGAAUGGGACAAUCCAUCGGCCUUGAGGAGCCCAUUGUGCCGCCGCUGCCAAACUCGGACUACCAGACAGGCAAUUUGGGCCUAAUCGGCAUCCUGACAGUCGUGGACAGGAGGGCGAACGAAGGAGGUAGCUACACCGUCUCCAUUUCUCUGAACCAAACCAACCAAUUUAUUACGAGCCUGGGCAAGCUCUCUACAGAGGUCCAGGUCAGCCUGCGUGCACUGUAUCUCGAUUUUGCACGCCGACGCUUGGAUGAAAUGAUGGCCCUCGUGGUGAAGUACGUACAGGCGGCACGUGUAAACAUGCCAACUUUAUCCAGGUCCGAGUAUUUCGACCAAAAGGGGUGUAACUUUUACCACCCAGAGAGAAAGCUAGAGACACUCCGGUUCCCCACGCCCCCGGCUAAGUUGGACGUCACGGCGAUUGGAUACGAUAUUGGCAGUUGUCUCCAGAACGUGUACACCCCUGAGUGGCCUGCUCGAACAUGA